AAAGUCCACACACAAAAAAGAUUUGUUGAGGCAUGUAAGCGGACACCUCUUCAAAGGGUCCUGAGCUCAGACAGAAGCAGGAAGUGAAGAUGACGGUUCAUAACUUAUACAUAUUUGACCGGAACGGAAGUUGUCUUUACUACAACGAGUGGAACCGGAAGAAGCAGGCGGGGAUCUCCAAGGACGAGGAGUUUAAGCUGAUGUAUGGGAUGCUGUUCUCCAUCCGAUCAUUCGUCAGUAAGAUGUCUCCUCUGGACAUGAAGGAGGGCUUCCUGUCCUUUCAGACCAGUAAAUAUCGUCUCCAUUACUACGAGACUCCUAGUGGACUGAGGUUUGUAAUGAACACAGACCUGUCUGUCCCCAACGCCAGAGAGACGCUGCAGCACAUAUACAGCAACCUGUACGUUGAGUACAUAGUGAAGAACCCGGUGUGUGUGUUGGGUCAGAGUUUGGACAGUGAACUCUUCAGCAGCCGUCUGGACGCCUACAUCAGAGCUCUGCCAUACUACAGCCCCCGAGCAGCCUAGUGUACACA